UUGUUGGUCAAUUAUCCAAUUAACGAUUUUCUACUCAAAUGAAUUUAGGGCUUCUUCAAAAAACUCUUCUGCCUCACUUCACUUCCACUCACACUCAAAAUCCGUUCCUCUUCACACUUCCCCACAAUAAUCAUUCUUUUUCCACAGGAAAAAAGAAUUUAGUGUUGAGAGUUCAGGAUUGUAUCAAUAAGAGUGAAUCUAUACAUAUAGAUACAGAAAUAAUGGAGUUAAGCAAGAAACUUUAUGAGCCAAUUGAGCCUUAUGCUACUGAUUUUUUGAAAGUUUCUGAUAUUCAUACAAUCUAUUGGGAGCAAUCUGGAAAUCCUUCUGGUCAUCCUGUUAUAUUUCUUCAUGGUGGUCCUGGAGGUGGUACUUCACCUAAUAACAGAAGGUUCUUUGAUCCUGAAUUCUAUCGGAUUAUUCUCUUUGAUCAGAGAGGAGCUGGUAAGAGCACACCCCAUGCUUGUUUGGAAGAGAACACAACAUGGGAUCUCAUUAAUGAUAUCGAAAAACUAAGAGAACAUCUUGAUAUUCCCGAGUGGCAGGUGUUUGGGGGCUCAUGGGGAAGCACACUUGCUCUUGCAUACAGUCAGUCCCAUCCCGAUAAGGUAACUGGGAUUGUUCUUCGAGGGAUCUUCUUAUUGAGGAAGAAAGAGAUCGAUUGGUUUUAUGAAGGUGGUGCUGCUGCCAUAUACCCUGAUGCUUGGGAACCUUUUAGAGAUCUUAUACCAGAAAAUGAAAGGGACUGCUUUGUGAAGGCCUAUCACAAGAGAUUGAACUCCGAUGACCUGAAUACACAAUAUGAGGCUGCUAGGGCAUGGACCAAAUGGGAAAUGAUGACUGCUCAUCUUUUACCAAACGAAGAGACAAUUAUGAAAGGAGACAAUGACGAUUUUUCACUGGCGUUCGCAAGGAUUGAGAACCAUUACUUUGUGAAUAAAGGAUUCUUUCCAACAGAUUCACAUCUGCUGGAUAAUAUUGAGAAGAUCAAGCAUAUCAAUGCUGUAAUUGUACAGGGAAGAUAUGAUUGUUGCUGCCCCAUGAUGUCGGCGUGGGAUCUGCAUAAAGCGUGGCCAGAGGCAGAAUUUAAGGUGGUUCCAGAUGCAGGGCAUUCUGCUAAUGAACCGGGUAUAGCAGCAGAACUUGUAGCAGCAAAUGAGAAGCUGAAGAACAUUAGGAUCAAAUGAGUGACUUUAAAUCAUAAGUUUGGACAGAUUUUAUUUUUGGCUAUUUGCUUGAGUUUUAGGAUCAAAUUGAAAACCACAGAUGUUGCUGCUGUUGAAAUUCAUGGAUGUGAUUCUAAUAAUGAAAAUUUUUUAUAUUCUUCUC